ACUGGAGCUCCAUCCAUGGCGUCCAUAGCUCGCAUUUCGAUCCCUCCGCCGAUGGCGGAAGGCCUGGCCCCCAAAUCGAUCCCAAGAAUGCUUUCCAGUGUCCCGAAGUGGAGGUUGAGCUCGAGCUCGGCGCUUGUCACUCCAAUUCGAUCCCGAAGGCUUGGAAUACGAGCGGCGGGGACGCCUUCACAGGCUGUGGAAGAGCAGCAGAAGCAGGACGAUGAGUCGAUGAGCAUCGACGCACUGCAUCGGUUUUUCGAUCUCAAUAUCGGCAAUUGGAACGGCUCCUUCUAUCAAUUCGAUGCCAAUGGGAAUGUAUUGCAGAACGUGAGCACGAAGCUCGCAGUGAGUUCUUACGGCGAGGAUGAACUCAUCAGCCUCAUCCAAUCAUUGUAUAUCAAGCAGCCGCCUUCGAGGACUUCCAUUGCUGGAGAUGAGGAAGAAGAGCCUGAAUGGUUGGAGUAUAAGAUUAAAGAGACGAACAUGUUUACAGUGGACAAAUACCAACAGAUAGGAUUUUUUCCAAAGGAGAAGGCAUUUGCAUUGAGGUAUCAGACUGCUGGGAUGCUGGAAACUGUUCUAAGAGCUGGUGUACUUGGAGAAGAUGACACUGGGGAGGAAUCUCCCAAGAAUUUGAAGAUUCCUUCUCGCCGGCCUUCUGUUGUCUGUGAAAAUUGUCUUUAUUCUUUGAAUAAAGAUAUGAGAACUAGAGCAUUUCAUAUUAUGGACCCAAAGGGCGUUCUUGAGAUGCUUCUGAUUUUUCUCGAGGAAAGAGGUGGCGGUGUGCCUGCUAUUUCAUCUCCUAAGAACUUGGAGGGCACUGAGGACAGGUUAACUCCAAUGCUGGGUCGUUGGGAAGGUCAUUCUAUAACAAAACGCAGUGGUGUUUAUGGAGCGACAAUCUCAGAGGCUGAUACAGUUGCUUUAAUUGAAUUAAAUGACAAAGGCCAGUUAAUUCAGGAUAUAACUUCAACAACCAGUGGGACUAGCACUACAACCAAUGUCCCUUGGACUGGCGUGGUAUCGAACAACUUGGUCACUUUUGAUGGAGGUUUCCAGUUGACCUUAAUGCCUGGAGGGAUGUACAUGGGAUGUCCAUGUGAUAUUGCCAAGAGUGUAGCCCAGUUACAAUCCUUUCAUUUGGAAUUCUGCUGGAUGGAAUCUCCAAAUAAGAGGCAACGGCUGGUGCGCACUUUUGAUGUUGAGGGUUUGGCGGUGUCAUCAACCUACUUUUAUGAGGUCAAAGUGGGAAGGGAGCAACAAGCAUCCAGAGUGUGUUUGAGAACAUAUAGACCCAGGAGGAACUUCCCAUCUAUUGAGCCUUGCUCAUCUUCCUGUCCGCUUCCAACCCGCUCUCUGCCGCCAAAUCCGCCGUCCGUUUCGCGUCAAGAUUCGUGCUUACUGUUUUCCCAGGCGUCUGAUCUCGAUCCGAUGUCUGAAGACUCCGGGUCCGCUCCGCGGCCGCCGCCGACGCUUACCCUGCCGCCGCGCGCCAACCUCGAGAGUCUCUUCCGCGGCGGCGGCGGCGGCGUUGGCCUGAGCCCUGGGCCGAUGACUCUCGUAUCUAGCUUCUUCGCUGAAGACCCGGGCUCUGACUGCCGCUCCUUCUCUGAGCUCCUUGCCGGCGCCAUCGCCUCCCCUCAGGCGGCGCAGUUUCGGAGACCGGCGAUGGUGGCUGGGGAGGAGAAGCCUGUUGAAGAGAAGAGAGGGGAAGAUGGCUCUGGGAUCUCGCAACAGCAGCAGCCAUCGCCAUCGCAGGCGCCGCUGCUGGUCGUGCCUUCUCCGGCCUUCUUCAUGGUUCCUCCGGGGCUUAGUCCUUCCGGCUUGCUCGAUUCCCCCGCCUUCUUCUCGUCUGCCCGUUUUGGAAUGUCCCAUCAAGAAGCCCUGGCACAAGUCACAGCUCAAGCAGUUCAGUUUCAAUCGCAAGUGCAACCCCAUGAGUAUUUACCCUCUCUAUCGACAACAACUACAGCUUCCCAGACACAACUACCGGCCCAAGAGGUGCUACCUGUAACAUCUGAUUCAGAAAACACCGCAUUUGAAUCUGCUGAGGUUUCUCAUUCUGAACAUAAAUCUCAAUCUACAACUCUGGCUGACAAACCUACUGAUGACGGGUACAAUUGGCGCAAGUAUGGGCAAAAACAAGUCAAGGGAAGUGAGUUUCCUAGAAGCUAUUACAAGUGUACCCAUCCUAACUGUCCUGUUAAGAAGAAGGUUGAGCGAUCUCUUGAAGGCCAGGUGACAGAGAUAAUCUAUAAGGGCCAGCACAAUCAUCAACGCCCCCCACCCAAUAAGCGUGCCAAGGAAGGCAGUGCCUUGCCUCCUGGCUCAAAUGCCAUAAAUGGGAACACUGAUUAUCAUGCUAAUUCUGAAAGACCAUCAAAAAGUCACCUCAACAGAUCAAAUGAUGCCCAUGUUUCAGCAUCUAAGAGGGGUCGGGAAUCUAACUAUGGAACACCAGAACAUGUAUCUGGUUCAAGUGAUGGUGAGGAACUUGUUGAAGCUGAAGUUAGGACUGAUGAAGCAGAUGCCAAUGAAUCUGAUAUGAAAAGAAGGAAUGUGGAACCCAAGGUGUCAGAAACAGCUUCUUCGCAAAAGACAAUGACAGAAUCGAGGAUCAUUGUGCAGACAACCAGUGAAGUUGAUCUUUUGGAUGAUGGUUACCGGUGGCGCAAAUAUGGGCAGAAAGUGGUGAAAGGAAAUCCUAAUCCAAGGAGCUACUACAAGUGUACUUAUUCGGGGUGCAAUGUUCGGAAACACGUUGAGCGGGCUUCGACAGAUCCUAAAGCUGUCAUCACAACAUAUGAAGGGAAACAUAACCAUGAUGUACCAGCAGCAAGGAGCAGCAGCCAUAACACUGCAAAUGCUGCCGCUGCCGCCGCUGCUGCUGCUGCUGCUGCGAACGUUAUACAACCGAAGGCACAGAACCAAGCAUACCUUAACAGAAGAGAUUACCGAAAGAAUAAUCAUCACCAAGCUAUGAAGGAAGAGGAAGAAAUUACUUAAACUUUUGGUGUUGUGUGGUUCAUCGAUGCUCUUACAACUACUUGCAGAAACUAUGAUUUGUCUUGACUGGAAUUAUCAGAUGUCUGCAGGAAUUCUUCGUCAUGUAUACUAACGAGAAGAUUGCCAUGUAUUGCUGUAUCUAAUAAAUUUCAUGCCCAAUGUAGUCCUGAUGUACAGGCGACUAAUGCCACUGUAAUUUAUUUUUUCUGUUGUUUUGGUCAGGUUGGUGGCCAUUUAUGUAAUACGGUUAGUGAGCUUCACACAUGAACAAAAAAAAAAAAAAAUAGUUAUGCUUGAAUUCAGAAUUGUAUAUUGUUCAUUUGUAUUCAAUUUGGAAUCUGAAAGUGGAUGCUUGAAUGUGUUUAGUGAAGCA